CCCAGCUCUCUUCCCCAGUCUUUCUCCUUGCAGCAUUCAUCCAUUGACUCCUCUUCCUCUGUCCCUCUCUCACAAACCCACAUGUGUAUGUGCGGGCUCUGCCUACGCUUUCCCUCACUCACUGAAUCUUCCCUUUUCUGGACCUUUCUGCUUGCCAGUUGUCAGUCACAGUAACCCCUCCUUAUUGACUGGUUCACUUGCCAAGCUUGGAAAUCAAGGCAACCCCCCCACCCCCCGGAUAUAACGCUCUUCUGAUACAAGACAAAACAUGGCUUCUGGUGUAACUGUGAACGAUGAAGUCAUAAAGGUAUUCAAUGAAAUGAAGGUGAGGAAGUCUUCCACACCAGAAGAGAUCAAGAAGAGGAAGAAAGCAGUCCUGUUUUGUCUCAGCCCAGAUAAGAAGGAAAUAAUAGUGGAAGAAACCAAGCAGAUAUUGGUUGGUGACAUAGGUGAGGCCGUUCAAGACCCCUACAGGACCUUUGUCAACCUUCUACCACUCGAUGACUGUCGGUAUGGACUGUAUGAUGCAACGUAUGAGACCAAAGAAUCCAAGAAGGAGGACCUUGUCUUCAUCUUCUGGGCGCCAGAUAAUGCACCUCUAAAAAGCAAGAUGAUAUAUGCAAGUUCCAAAGAUGCAAUUAAGAAGAAAUUUACAGGUAUCAAGCAUGAAUGGCAAGUGAAUGGAUUGGAUGAUAUUAAGGACCGCUGUACCCUGGCAGAUAAACUGGGGGGCAAUGUAGUGGUUUCACUUGAAGGAGUUCCACUCAAAUGAAUAAUUCCCACCCUAUCCUGCAGAAGCGAACCCAUUCAAAGCUUUUGUUCUGACCAUAGGCAAAGUUUUAGGUGUUUUUAUUUAUUGAAUUUCUUUUUUUCCCUCAUUCUCAGCUCCCCCCCCAAAGCACUGUUUUUUUCCUUAAAAGGUUACAUGAAGAUAGGAUGUUACCAUGUAAACUUAAAGACAUGGAGCAGCAUUUACUUGGUAGGCAGGGUUGCUUUAAAUUAUAGGGAGACAUCUCCUGUUGUUAAACCCUGAUGAAGAGCCUAAACCACAUUUCUUUUGGCCCAAAAACGUUAUUAUUAAAGUAUUAAGAUUUUUAUUUACUUUAAAGAUAAGAUUUUGGGAACUGCACUCUCUUUGUUGGUUGAACAUUAAUUUGAAGAACAUCAAGCAUCUCCCAAGAUAUUGUCUUAAAAAUGAAUCCAAUUCUCAAAUUGGAUUCCAGCAAUGGCAUGGUGUAGGUUCAUCCAAAUGCCAGGCUAAUGCCUACUUUUUUAUAAUCAAGGUGCAUCAGUGCCAGACCAAGUUGGCAGGGCGCCCUAGGUGACCAUGUCUCCUCCUCAUCAUGCUCGCACACGAACAACCGCCAAGAAUGCAGGAAUUGCUGCCGCAGGUGGGGGACACAAGGGUCCCAACUAGGGGAAGGAGGAAGAAAAGGUACCGUGCCUAGCACCCCUCGUGCUUCUGCCUACUCCUAGUUCCAGCCCUAAGGUGUAUGGUCUUCAGUGUUGACAUCUAGGGUCUGCUUUUAUUACUGUAGAUAAUGCUUAAUAAGUGUUACCUAGCCCUAUACUGGGACUGAUUUUCCCUGACUGGCACCAAUUACACAGUGGCAUAACUAGAUGUUACUGGGCCCCACAGCAAAAUAAUUUAAGGGCCCCCCCAACAUAUCCAGAGAUUGUCCUGUUUUACCAAUAUAUGUCGAAAUUGCUCUUUAUUUGAGCCUCAUGGGGCUCCCUAUGCUUCCUGCCCCCCUUGUAGCUGCAGCAUCUGCUUCCUCUGUAGUUACGCCCCUGAAACUAGGAUCUGGGUCCACCAGGAGAUCCUCUGGUACUCAAGCAAGCCAGUCCAACCCUGGUCAUUCGUUUAGAUAUUCAUUUUUGGCCAGAUUAGAAAACUAAAAUUUCAGGUAUAUUGCCAUUACUGAUAAAGUACUUUUCACUAAUAUGUGCCAUAAAUGUUACUGUUAAAUACCACCUAGAAUCUACAUCUUCCCUGCGGCCACACUGACAUCAAACUUUCUGUCUCUUUGCAUUUGCUCUAUUGCACCUUUUCCCAAUCUCAUCAGGAUAUAAUUUCUGUUACACAUGCAAUAUAAAUGACUACAGCUCAGCUGCCAGCAGCUGUAAAAGGGUUUUACUGCAUCUGAAGCAAUGUGAUACCCCCAAAGCUUACAAUACUCCUGCAGUUGCUGGGAUGCCUUCAGGAGAUGAAUGGACAGAAAAAGCUGCUAACUCUUCCAGCUGUUGUAGGCCAUUUAGCAACAGCUGAGUCAAUAAACUAUGCUAUAACUUUACAUGAACCAAGACAUUUAUUACCAAUUCUGUGCUAAUAAACCAAAUAUAAAACCAUAUCUCUUAGCACCAAUCUUUAGACCAAAGUUGUAAUAAAAUUGCUGUUCCAGCUAUUAACUUUAAUUGUCACGGUUUUACUUGGUGAUGGGCCAAGGACAUUUUCCAAACAUUUAAGGGAAUAUUUUCCGCUAACAGAAAAAUAUACCAAACCAAAAACUGUUUUUUUUUGUUAUUAUUAUGGUUUGAUGACACCAGAAACAAUGUUUUGUGGAAUUUUGGAGUACUGUGCAAAAUAGGAAUAAAUUUGUUGGAUUAUUUCAGA